CCCCAAGCAAUCUUGGUCGUCAGCCACAACUAGUCGUGAAGCGCAAGUAACAACCGGGAACGGCCGACACGUCGGACCUGGCCUCGGCGUGGGAUUUGUGCUACUGUUAUGUGAUUGUGGACUAUGGAGAGUGACAUCAGCCUGUGAGCUCGCAAAGCCUUAUCAAGUCCCGCGUGGGCUUACUCCUAGUCGGCUGCUGCGGGCGAUGAUUCGCCCUGCCUGGCUUUAUCGCGGGCACCGGCCCACUGCGACCACUGCUUUAUCUUUUACAGCUUCAGAUCGAGUAACAAAAUUCUCCAUAUACGCACCCGCUCGUAUGGUUGGCGGCAUAUAUAGUUAUAUAGUGAUUUGCCCACUGAGACUGCAUCGAUUUCGUUAUUGAUGCUCAGUAUACAACCAAUUAACUAAGGUGCAAAUCCACCAUGGACGGCCCAGACCAGAUUGGGCCUGAUACUGCGCCAAAACGGUCCUUUGCAGACCAAGGCAGGCGCGUCGUCAAGACUUUCACAACCAAAGAUGGCUUGAUCGGUGAUUACGACUAUGGCUUCCUCUUCCGACCCAACCUUCCAUUCAUGACGAAGACCCGACGGGCAAGCCCGUUUUUCGGCCUUCAUGACAAAAUGCCAGUUGUUUUGGCUUUUCUGCUUGGUCUGCAGCAUGCCCUGGCCAUGCUUGCCGGAGUAAUUACUCCCCCCAUCAUUAUUGGUGGGGCAGCCAACUUCGACACCGAGACAUCGCAGUACCUGGUGUCAACAUCAUUAAUAGUCUCCGGGAUCUUGUCUGCCAUCCAAAUCACUAGAUUCGGCAUCUACAAAACCCCCUACUCCAUCGGCACUGGCCUGAUUUCCGUCGUCGGAACGUCAUUUUCAACCCUAACCAUCGCUGAAGGCGCCCUCACUCAGAUGUAUAGCAGUGGCUACUGCCCCACUGAUGCCAAAGGAAACAAACUAGCCUGUCCAGAUGGCUACGGCGCUAUUCUCGCCACGAGCUGCCUAUGCGCACUCCUCGAAAUCGGACUUUCCUUCAUGUCCAUCAGAGUGCUAAAGCGAGUCUUCCCACCCUUGGUGACUGGUCCCACUGUACUUCUUAUCGGAGUCAGUCUUGUGCAGAGCGGCUUCAAAGACUGGGCUGGCGGCUCUGGCACCUGCAGCAGUGACCCCAGUUCUGGCGCCUUGUGUCCCAGUGCAACGGCACCACACGCUCUGCCCUGGGGAAGCGCCGAGUUUAUCGGCCUCGGUUUUCUUGUCUUCCUGACCAUCAUCCUCUGCGAGCGCUUCGGGUCACCCAUCAUGAAAUCCUGUUCCGUCGUCAUCGGUCUGCUGGUCGGAUGUAUUGUAGCUGGAGCAUGCGGGUACUUUGACCGAUCCGGCAUCGACGCGGCGCCUGUGGCAUCGUUUAUAUGGGUCAAAACGUUCUCUCUGAAAAUCUACUCGCCUCUCAUACUCCCACUACUAGCACUAUACAUCGUGCUGAUGAUGGAAGCCAUCGGCGACAUCACCGCCACCUGUGACGUCUCCCGCCUCGACGUCGAGGGCGAAAUGUUUGACUCACGUAUCCGCGGUGGUGUGCUUGCGGACGGCUUUAACGGAUUAUUAGCUGGUCUCUGCACCAUUACCCCGAUGUCGACGUUUGCGCAAAACAACGGUGUCAUCGCGCUGACCAGAUGCGCCAACCGCAAGGCGGGGUACUGCUGCUGCUUCUUUCUAAUAGUGAUGGGAAUUUUCUCUAAGUUUGCUGCCGCCUUGGUUGCCAUUCCCUCGCCUGUGCUGGGAGGGAUGACUACGUUCUUGUUCUCCUCCGUCGCCAUAUCCGGUCUGCGAAUCGUCUCUACCGUGCCGUUUACUAGACGCAACAGAUUUAUCCUGACCGCGUCGUUUGCGGUGGGCAUGGGCGCGACGCUUGUCCCUGACUGGUUUUCGUACGUGUUUACGUACUCGGGGGUAAUAAAGGCCUGAUCGGGCUGAUUAACGCAAUUGAGUUGGUAAUGGGCACGGGGUUCGUGGUGACUGGGUUUAUAGCGCUGAUUUUGAAUUUGUUACUUACUGAGGAAAUCGAGGAUGAGGAGGAGGAAACGAGGGUUUUGGACGCAGCGGAGGAGAAGAGACGAUAUCCGGAGACUGCAGUGCAGGCGACUCCAUAUACUCCCGAGAGUGAGCCUGGGGAGGCGAAGGCUAAGAGUUCUUA